GAUAGAGAGAGGGAGGAGAAGCAGGAACAGUCGACGGGAGAGAGGGAGAGAGGAGGCGGGGAGAGGGUGAGCCAGACGGGGCGAAGUGAAACAACUCGGACCGUUAACGACCCCCAGCCUCCACGACCCUUCUACCGGACUAUCCACCGACUGGUCCCCGCUUGCCAGGUCGCCAAAGUCGGCAGGAAGCUGCCCGGACGUCCCCCCCCCCCUCCACCUCCACUGGAACAAGUCGGCGAUAUUUCCAGGCUUGCCUACUACACAGAAUAUGACAGACACCUAGCAGCUGCUGUGUCGGCGAGGAAAACCAUGGCGACGGCCUACCUGGACCCCAACCUGAACCACGCCCUCCUCGGAGGCGCCAAGUCGCGGCUGAGCGCGGGGGGGUCAGACCGAACCAUUCCCGGCUCCGUGGACCGGGUUCUCAAAGUCUUCCACCACUUUGAGACCAACACUGAGAACAGCUGCUGGUCGUCCAAUAUCAGAUAUGGAGACGCAACUGAUGUCAGGGGAAUCAUCCAGAAAAUUCUGGACAUCCACAAAGUGCGCUGGACGUCUUGUUUCGGUCUGCACCUCAGCAACAGCCAAUCCAGAGACCAGGUGCACUGGCUCCACCCCGAUAUGGGCGUUUCCCAAGUUAGAGAGAAAUACGAACAGGCACGACCAAACGAGGAGUGGAGGUAUGAAUUAAGGAUCCGGUAUCUUCCGAAGGGCUUCGUGCAGCAGUUUACAGAAGACAAACCUACACUCAACUACUUCUACCACCAGGUGAAGAAUGACUACAUGACAGAGAUCGGGGAUCAGGUAGAACAAGAUGUGGCUCUCAAAUUGGGCUGUCUAGAAAUCAGGAGGUUCUUCAAAGAGAUGAGAGGAAACGCCCUGGAUAAGAAAUCCAACUAUGAACUACUUGAGAAAGAUGUCGGUUUGAGGCGUUUUUUCCCAAAAGACCUGUUGGAUUCAGUCAAGGCUAAAACUCUGCGUAAGUUGAUCCAGCAGACCUUCAAGCAGGUGGCCAAUCUCAACGACGAACAGUGCAUCCUCAAGUUCUUGGAGAUUCUUGCUCCGGUCUACCGCUACGACAAAGAGUGCUUCAAAUGUGCCCUGGGUUCGAGCUGGGUGAUACAGGUGGAGUUAGCCAUCGGGCCAGAGGAAGGGAUCAGCUACCUCACAGACAAGGGAUCCACGCCCACCCAUCUAGCAAACUUUAACCAGGUCCAGUCCAUCCAGUACUCGUCUAUGGAGGAGAAGGACAGGAAAGGCAUGUUACAGCUGAAUGUAGCUGGAGCGGCUGAGCCUCUCACAGUUACAACAGCAUCACUCACCAUGGCAGAGAACUUGGCAGACUUGAUUGAUGGCUACUGUCGACUCGUCUCCAUGGACACUCAUUCCUUCAUCGUCCGUUAUCAGAAAGAGGGAGAGAGAGCGCUUCCUUCCAUCCCAAAAGUGUCAAACAAUGAGAAGAAGUCGGAAGUGGUGAGGAGCGGAGGAGUCAGAGCGAUCUCCGUCUCAGAGACCGAUGACUAUGCAGAGAUAGUGGAUGAAGAGGACACGUACACCAUGCCCUCCACGCGGGACUAUGAGAUCCAGAGGGACAGGAUCGAGUUGGGUCGCUGUAUCGGAGAGGGUCAGUUUGGAGACGUGCACCAGGGAGUCUAUAACAGCUCGGAAAACCCUGCUCUACCUGUCGCCAUUAAGACCUGUAAGAACUGUACCUCAGACAGCGUCAGAGAAAAGUUCCUACAAGAAGCAUUGACAAUGCGUCAGUUUGACCACCCAAACAUCGUCAAGCUAAUCGGAGUGAUCACAGAGAACCCGGUGUGGAUCAUCAUGGAGCUCUGUACGCUCGGAGAGUUGCGCUCGUUCCUUCAGGUGAGGAAGUACAGUCUGGACCUGGCCUCUCUCAUUCUGUUUGCCUAUCAGCUCAGCACGGCGCUGGCCUAUCUGGAGAGCAAACGCUUCGUACACAGGGACAUUGCAGCUCGUAAUGUUUUGGUCUCCUCAGUGGACUGUGUGAUGCUCGGGGACUUUGGUCUGUCCCGAUACAUGGAGGACAGCUCUUACUACAAAGCUUCUAAAGGUAAACUUCCCAUCAAGUGGAUGGCACCUGAAUCCAUCAACUUCAGAAGAUUCACGUCUGCCAGUGAUGUCUGGAUGUUUGGCGUGUGCAUGUGGGAGAUCCUGAUGUACGGCAUCAAGCCCUUCCAGGGGGUGAAGAACAACGACGUGAUCGGCAGGAUAGAGAACGGGGAGCGGCUGGCCAUGCCUCCUCAGUGCCCCCCCACCCUCUACAGUUUGAUGACCAAGUGUUGGUCGUACGACCCGAGCAAGAGGCCGCGGUUCACAGAACUCAAAACACAGCUCAACACCAUACUGGAGGAAGAGAAGCUUCAACAAGAGGAGAGACUUCGAAUGGAGAUGAGGAGACAAGUCACCGUGUCCUGGGACUCGGGGGGGCCUGAUGAAGCUCCACCUAAACCCAGUCGACCAGGUUACCCCAGUCCUCGCUCCAGUGAAGGGUUUUUCACCAGCCCUCAACACAACCACUUUCCACCGUCAGCUCAUGGUGGUGUCGGAGGCAGCUUCCCUCCGGCUGAUACCUGGAAUCAACACAGACCUGAACACACUGCACUGUGGAACCCCGGGAUGGAGGAGGGUGGAUGUGGCGGCCACGUUCUGAUGGAGGAGAGGCUGAUGAUGCAGCAACAACAGAUGGAGGAUGAUCAGCGGUGGCUGGAGCAGGAGGAGAGCUUCAUGAAGACAGAGUCCAGAAACAGCAGAGGAAGCAUCGACAGGGAGGACGGCACACUACAAGCACCGAGUGGAAGCCAACACAUCUACCAGCCUGUUGGGAAACCAGAACACAUAGCUCCUCCUAAGAAGCCGCCCCGCCCUGGAGCUCCUGGUCACCUUGGCAACCUGGCCAGUCUCUGCCCGGUGGAUAGCUACAACGAGGGUGUCAAGUUGCAGCCCCAGGAGAUCAGUCCGCCUCCCACCGCCAACUUGGAUCGUUCCAACGAUAAAGUGUAUGAGAAUGUGACGGGAUUGGUCAAAGCUGUGAUUGAGAUGUCCAACAGGAUUCAGCCUGCAGCCCCAGAGGAGUACGUGCCCAUGGUCAAGGAGGUGGGUCUGGCUCUGAGGACUCUGCUAGCGACAGUAGAUGAGACGAUUCCUGUGCUGCCACCCAGCACACACAGAGAGAUCGAAAUGGCUCAGAAGUUGUUGAAUUCCGAUCUGGCCGAGUUGAUAGCGAAGAUGAAGCUGGCUCAACAGUAUGUGAUGACGAGUUUGCAGAAGGACUACAAGAAACAGAUGCUAAUGGCGGCACACGCCCUCGCAGUGGAUGCCAAAAACCUCCUGGACGUCAUCGACCAAUCACGACUCAAGAUGAUCACCCAGACCCGCCCACAUUAGCCCCCUGGGGAUCCAAUCAAGCCUGGUUGCUGAUUAUGAUGUUGCCGUGGCGACGGAAGAGAACUUUUAGAUGGAUAUCAGUGACGGACGGAUGAAAAAUAUCGACUGACUGAAACAAUCAUCUCUUUCCUACCUUUAUCACGUCGUUUCCCCCCCCGGCAACACUCUAUUGGUCGAUAUUGUGUUGUUUUGUACUUUUUGUCGUAUUAUUAUUUUUUUUUUUUUUGCUUUUGUAUCCAGAUAAACGCUCGUCUCUCUCAUCACGUAUCCUGAAAACACCAGUAAAACUUUUUUAAACCGUUGAGUCAAGCAGAGGCUCCUUAUGCAGGAGCGUACGGAUGUUUGGGGGAAAUGGACGCACGCAGUAAACCUGCCGCGUAAACACAACACUAACACUCUCCGCACCGGCAGGACGUAAUAACUGGAACUGAAGAGCCAGAACGACAAGGAUAAUGAAGACGAUUUCAUAAGUUGUUUUAACAUUUUAUAUCACUAUUGAUUAUUACUUCUCUUCUCAGCCUGGACUCUCGCAGUAAGCAGCUACUUCAGCCUUCUCUAAACGUGCACGUGCACAAAUGGAUUUACACUACAGCUGCUCGUUGAUGUCAUGAUUUCAUCUCUUCUUUUUCUUUUUUUCAAUCUUCCUCCAUAAAUAUUUCUAUCUCAGGCAUCGAGGCAUAAAACAUGAAUUAUGAAAGGUGAAUUUUUGAAGAACAAACUAAAUGUAUUUUUAAUGGUUAAAGAACAUUUGGAAAAAAACUGCCACAGGCCACUUUUUAAGUUAACUACAUAGUACAUAUACAAAGAAACUAUAUUUUUAACACAUUUCUGAGGCGCGAGUGAAAAAGGGAGA